UAGAUUACAAGAUGUACUCUUCUGAUACCCUGGAUGAUGAUGAGGUGUCAAUAUUGCCUCUGGUAGUUUUCUGCAUUAUCCUCCCGCUGGGAAUUUUGGGAAACAUGCUGGUGAUAUGGAUUGCCAGUACAGAAAUGAAGAAGACAGUUGGCAUAAUAUGGCUCUUAAACCUGUCCAUAGCUGACCUCAUUUUCACUGCCAUGUUGCCCUUUUCCAUUGUUCAACAAGCCAUGAACAGCCAUUGGCCAUUUGGAAACUUCUUGUGCAAACUCGUCAGUUUCACAAACCAGCUGAACAUGUUUGCGAGUGUCUUCUUCCUGUCUGUGAUCAGCCUGGACAGGUGUGUCUUCGUCAUGUUGCCGGCUUGGUCUCAGAACCAUCGGACUGUUAAGUUUGCCAAAUGGGUUUCUGGGGUCGUGUGGAUUUUGGUGACAGCCACCAGCUUUCCGUUCUUCCUGGUCCGUGGUACUAAAGAAGACACGUUCAUAGGAAAGACCCAUUGCUUCUACACAGUGGAAAUGGAUAUCCUCAGUGCUUUUAUAGUGACCAGGUUUGUUCUGGCCUUUCUUAUCCCUUUUAUUAUCAUUGUUACCUGCUAUACCAUCAUCACAAUCAAAAUCAGACGCAAGCGGAAGAAGGUCCCCUCCAGAUUGUACAAACUUAUCAGUAUGAUUAUACUGGCAUUCUUUGUUUGUUGGCUGCCCUUCCAUGUGUUGAACAUUAUACAUGUUAUGACUGACAAAGAACUUAAAGCCUGGCUGCCUAUAGUCACCAGUGUGGCCUAUGCCAACAGCUGUAUCAACCCCAUCUUAUAUGUGUUCACUGGUCAUGGGUCAACCUUUAACUUCAAGAAGAGGAUCAAGAUGACAUUCAGAGCAUUACAGGAGGAGCUAAGCUACAGUGGAUCCAAGUCUGAGAAUAGGCAAAGCAGAGACAUUGUUGAAUCGAUGCCAUGAGGAACACGAUCAGCUUUGUGUGACAUACUGUGCUGUCUCUCUUUGAUGCAUUCGUAUAUGUGUCAGUUUUACUCCAUGUCCUAAACCUUAAUCUUCAGUUGCAAGCUCUUGCAGGUGUUGAACAAAAAAAGAGAAGAUUCCUUUAGCCCUCUUCCUGUCACUUGUCAGUACUCAGCUUCCCUCUAAUUUCUCUUUUCCUGCUCUGAGGAACUCUGAAGUCUGUGUGUGCCAGUGGUUUCCAGAAGUGGAAGCCAAUGCAUUGAUAUACCGAUUGUCAUGCACAGGAUCUCCGAGUGGCUGCAUAAUUGCACAGCUGUAUACUCCAUCGCCUUCGUUGAUGUCUGAUAAUGCCCCAACAUCUAACAAACUGAUUUCAUAAUCUUUCCUGUGGGAAUAGAUUCUACACCCUCACCACUGUCUGGGUGAAGAUGUUCCUCAUGAAGUUUUAUUUGAAUUAUUGAUGACUGUCUUAUCUUGGUGAGGCUGAUGCAUUGAAAUGCUUGAGUUAUUAAUUGAAAGUACAAACUGAUAGAUGUAUCAGCUUCAGGAGCUGUUAGCCCAGUUAAAAGAAUCACGAUGAUAGUCAUGUUUGGGAAUUUUUCAGGGGUUCUGGGGUGUUUUAUACAGUGGCUUUAUGUAUUUGGGAUGUUGUACAAUCUUAAAUUGUUCCUUACUUUUUAAAUAUUCAAGACAAGAUAUAACUUAAUAAUUGGAACUUGACUUUUGUGGAAACGCAGAAGAAUAGUUUCAAAAUUAUAACUUUCUGCUUGUCUUCCGUCUCCUGGUUGGUAUGUCAGAAUGCCUUGAAAAGACUUGCUCCUGAUAUCAUUGUUUAUCAUAACUUGUGACCUGAGCAUAUAAAGCGCAGGGUGCUCCAUCUUACCUUAGACCACUUGAAGCAUAGUGCUCCACUGAAAACAUGCUCCUGUGCUGUAAUCUAAAGAAAAGCUUAAUUUUUGCCCUGACCUGUAUGUGCUUGCAAAAUGUACCACUUGUGCUUUAUAGUUAGUUAUAAGAAAUAUCUGUUUUGUUCUGCAAUGCCAUCAUAUCCACACCCUGUUACUUAUCUUACAGGAGAUAGCAUAAACAUCGUCAUAUCAGAUAAAACACCCUGUUGGGGGGAGAAAUCAUACUCUGGUACCAGUAACAGCUGUGAAUAAAAGACUGCAAUAUCUUAGUUGGAAAACUAACUGAAGACCAUUUGAACAGUAACUUUGAAGAACAAAGAAUUCAAUCAAAAGGAGAAUUUCUCACCCAUAGACAUUGUCAUAGAGUCUCUGCAGUGUGGAAAAGGCCAUUCGGCCCAAUAAGUCCACACCACCCCUCUGAAGAGCAUCCCACCCAGACCACUGUAUUUUCCAUGCCUAACCCAAAUAACCUAAACAUCCCUGGACACUAUGGGGCAAUUUAGCAUGGCUGGUCCAACCUUAG